UUUUCGAAUCCCUGUUCUUGACAACCCGCGUGUAACACAAGAACGCCCUCUCGAGCUGGUUGUUACGAACGCGCGGGUGCGUGUCGCAUCGAUAUAGAGCAAUGCAAAAUGGCCGACAAUCGUCUGAAUUUGUACUUAGGCCUAUUCCAAAUGAACGAGGACGACUCAGAAGAUGAAUGUGAAACAGACCAAACUGAUGUGGCAUUCAUAGCAGCUCUUCUUUCACGGGAUAAGAGAGCAAGAAUUCAUGGGUUUACAGAAGAGGUAAUCCCGGCCAUGCAGGAAUCAGAAUUCAGGUCCCACUUCCGUCUGUCCACCAGGACCUUUGAAUAUAUCCUAAAUGUCAUCCACGAUGCAUUACUCCCUAAAGCCCCCGGUGGCCCGUUUGAAGCAGUUUCCCCAAUGAAACAACUGCUAAUUUUCCUGUGGUACCUUGCCAACCAAAUUACUAUCCGAGAACUUGCUCUCAAAUUUGGUGUGUCGGAAAGCACCGUGCAUAAAGCCAUCAGAAGGGUGUCGGAGUGUCUCACCGAUCAAAGGCAAAGGUUCAUCCGAUGGCCAUCAAGCCAACGCAGACGGGAAACUUCUGCCUCAUUCAGGGAUAUUUCAGGAUUCGAUGGAAUUGUAGGUGCCAUCGACGGAACACACAUCAGAAUUAUGAAUCUUCCUGGAGGAGACCAGGAUUAUAUAAAUCGGAAGAAAUUUCCCUCCGUACAACUGCAAGUGGUGGUUGAUGACGAAUUGCUGAUAACCGACACCAAUGUUGGAUGGCCAGGUUCUGCACACGAUGCCAGAGUUUUCAGAAAUAGUGGCAUUGCAGAUCGAGCAGACCAUGGACUGCUGUUUGAUGAAGACCAGUUCCUUGUGGGAGAUUCUGCCUAUCCCCUUCGGCCAUACCUGAUUACAGUGUUCAAGAACUAUCACAAUCUCACAAGACAGCAAAAGCAGUUCAACAAAAAGUUGUCUUCUUGCAGACAAGUUGUGGAGCGUGCAAUAGGGCUAACAAAAGGACGCUUUCGCAGGCUACGAGAGGUGUACUGUCACCAGGUGAAAUCUAUAUGCCAACUAGUUACUUCGGCAUGCAUAUUACACAAUAUGUGCAUUUUAGCCGAUGAUGACGUGGAGAUCUUCGUUGAGGAAGAGGAAGAAGUGAACGAGUAUCACAACAUGUACCACAACCAUAAUUCUGGAGUUGAUCUUCGCAAUAGGCUGGUCGAAAGUGUCCAUUGAACUACAUUGUAAUCUCAUUAACGAGUGAGAACAUACCAUUGAUGAUCCCUCAUCAUGGGUCAAUUACAACCAUUUUGAUGGGGAAAAAGCCCCAAAACAAAUCCUCUCCUAUGACUGGAAGUAUUUUGUCAAAGGUGUGCAUUAUCUUAUAGACAAUCAACACUUGCCAUUUCUCCAGUGGGGAAAUUCAGAUUUUUGGGUGGGGUUGAUGUUAGAUUUCUAUUUUUUGGUCCUAUUGUAGUGGUGGACAGGCAGGCACAUAGGUCUCCUGAUGAUAAAACUCACUACAUGUACAUGCAUUUAAAUAAUAAAUUAUUAUACUAAAUUAUUACAAAGCUCACUACAUGUACAUGUAUGCAUGUAAAUACUAAAUUUUUAAACUUAAUUAUUGAAGAAAGGAUACUGUAUACUGUAAAAAGGAUUAUACCUGAAGAUGAAAGGAAAUGUAGAAAGAAUGGUAGCUGUAGACAAGGUGGGUUCCCUUUUGUGUUUUUGAGUCUGUCGUGGGGAGGAUAAAUGAAGACUUAACUAUGCGCUGACUAAAGACAAAAGAGGGUAUGCAUAUUGACGUCACACACUCAAAGAAUGCCCUCACUGGCAGCUCACCGAGAGAGAUUGACCCCCUUGGCCCUUCCUCCAUCCUCACCUGCUUAUUAUUAGUAUAUUUGAACAGGUAAUAAAAAUUAUAAACCAAUUCAAUUCAAUUCAAUUCAAUUCAAUUCAAUUCAAAGGAAACAUUUAUUUCCAUACUUUCAACAAAAAAUUGAAACUAAGUUUUUAAAUACAAAAAGGUAAUUGAAUACAGUAAAUAAAUAAUACAACAAUGAAGUAUAAAAAAGAAUUGAAUUAGGGUGAAGACUGUGUGAGAUGAAUAAAAACAAGCAAAUAAUAUAUUUCAAUACCAUAA